UUGACAGAUGUUGUCAAAAUAUUAUCCUUUAGAUUCGGUGACACAACAAGCAGUUUUUCACAUUAAAAAUAGAAAAUUUCCCAAUAAAACCCAAAAGAUAGCACAAAUGUUUUCGCAAGAAAUCACUCAAAUGAAUUUAUAAAGUAAUUCUCGUAAUGGCAAUCUUUAAGACGGUGGGUAGAAACUUGCCCUAUCUAAAGCAACAGUCUGCUGCUCUUUUAGGCAAUACAAGCGCCUCCGUGAAGUUUAUAUGUGCCGUAGUGAUCUUUACGUAUUGUCUUUCGUAUUCGGAAACAGCGGUACAUGUUAUUUCGGUUACACCGGGGCUAUUGAUGCCACCAUCGUUUUGGAUAUGGACUGCAUUUACGUUUUGUUUCUUGGAAAUCCAUUUUUGGGAGGUUUUAGUCGAUAUUAUAACGGUGGGAUUGUGUGGAAAACUGAUUGAACCGUUAUGGGGCCAGAUGGAGAUGUUAACUUUUUUUGCUAUUGUAAAUCUGGGAGUAGCAAUUAUAAGCACUACGUUUUAUUUUAUCUUGUAUGCUUUUUCGUUUAAUGCAUACUUAUUAUUUUCUGUGCACAUCCACGGAUUGGCGGGGUACAUAGCGGGAGUUAGUGUAGCUGUUAAACAAAUCAUGCCUGAUUUAAUAUUGAUUAAGACACCUUUAGGAAAAUUAAGCAAUCGAAAUGUACCUUUACUUGUAUUCUUUUUGUCAUUAUUACUUUGGUUGGUGGGUUUAUUAGAAGGGACUUAUCCAACCAUGUUUCUUAGCGGGUUACUUAUUAGUUGGAUUUAUUUAAGAUUUUAUCAAAGGCAUUCGAAUGGUACUAGGGGAGAUAUGGCUGAUUAUUUUACUUUUGCAAGUUUCUUCCCAAAUGUAAUUCAACCACCUAUUGCUAUUGUUAGUAAUACUAUUUAUGGGCUGUUUGUCAAAAUUGGGCUUUGUAAUAAAGUUAUAAGGAGAUUUGAUAUUGCAAAUCCUACAGGUGUUACUAUAUCAGUUUCAAGUGCUGAUCAAUUAGAUACAGAACGUAGAAGACAAAUUGCUUUGAAAGCAUUGAGUGAACGACUUUCAAAAUCUCAAUCUCAAGAUAAACAACCGUUAUUACCAAAGUCAAAUGUAAAAGUGGCGAUGCCCAGCGUUAUGCAAGGGACACCACCAAUCCCCUCAACUUCUUCGAAUGUACCCAGUCCAAAAACCCUCCCAAAAUCACCUAGCGCACCAUCUACAGUAAUUCCAAUGACAUAACAUUAACUUUCUUUACAUAUGUACAGAACAACAUUGUUAUUUUAUUUUUUAAUAUAUAAUUUACUGUUA